UGAUUGUUGAAUUUGACUCACCAGGUCACACUCUAUCAUGGGGCAAAAGUCAUCCUGAAAUACUCUCGGGUGAAUCACAUGACGGACCAAUCAAUCCAGUCGAUGAGAAUGUCUGGCCAUUUCUAUCAAAUUUAUUCAGCGAAGUGUUGAGUGUAUUUCCUGACCGUGUCUUACAUUUAGGUGGAAGCAUCUACGACAGGCACUCAUGGCAAGAAGACGCCAACAUCCAAGAAUUCAUGAAACAGAAAGGAUUCGAUCAAGACUACAAUAAAUUAGAAAAUUAUUAUUUUGAACGCCUCACAGAAGUUGUUCAGAAUAUUACCACGUCAGAGUCACAAAGCGUGACACCUGUGGUGUGGCAGAAUGUAUUUGAGAAUGGAUUCCGAGGUAAUGACAAUGCCGUCAUCAUACAAGUACACGAUAAUUCCGACUGGCAAGCUGUCACCAAGUCAAUCACAUCAUCUGGUUACAGAGUGAUCAAUUCAGCGUGUUGGUCGAACGUUGUUAGGAAUUUCGAGGAUGCAUGGAAGACGCUGAACGAUUGUGAUCCUGCUGCAUUUGGAGGUA